GUCUGUUCUGUUAGCUUUUCUUUUCCAGAUCUGGGAGAAGAGCAAUACUUUCUUUUGCCCUUUUUCCAGUAUAUUUUCAGUUAACAUAUUUCAUGUAAAAAGAAGAAAUGUUACAUUCAUUUCCUCUUAGUAGUGAGAGACAAACAGAAUUCUUAAAAAUAAAGUAUUUCACAACAUUUGUUAAAGCCUGCCCUUUGUCCUGUCUUGUGAAAGGUGUUAGUUGAUAGCAGCAAUCUGAAGAAUGCUGUAACAGCCGCUAUUAAUGUACAUAUAGACUGUCUCAGUUCAUCCAUAAAAUUACUGAUGUGUCAGAUUUUACACACAGUAGUAAAGAAUAACAAAAUCAGCACUUAAGCCUCUCUUUAAUCAUAAAACUUUUGGUUUAGGUACAGUGAGUUGGAUAAGUGUGAUGGAUGCUUAGUAUGAAACUAUUAUAUUGUGGUUUUGUCUGGCUUGGGUCAUAACCUUUACUAUAAAUGAUUGCAGAUAAAUGUAAACAGGGUAUGGUGAGAUCUGUGUCCAUUCUUUCUUGUUUCCUGGAUCUCAUCAUAGCUUCUUUUUCCUUUCAUUAGCUGUCAUCUCAAGGAAGGCAAGACAAGUUGAAUAGGUGUGAAAAUGUGUCUUCUCUUCCACCCAGCUCUGGUGGUAUGCCUGUGCUGGUAUCUGUCUGCCGAGUUGCAGAGGAGUAAUAGUAAACAGUAAUCCUAAUGAAAAUGCAGGAAGCCUCAGAAGACCAUAAUCAUUGGAAGGCCUGUUGAAUUCCAUUUUUUGGUAAUCUGGGACAUCAUCAGUCUGGCAUGGCGCAGAGCAGUCAGCAACUCAACGUUCAGGUACUCCAUGAUCUCCGACAACGUUUCCCUGAGAUACCCGAAGGGGUGGUGUCUCAGUGCAUGCUUCAGAACAACAACAACCUAGAUGCCUGUUGUCGAGCCCUCGCACAGGAGAGCAACAAAUACUUAUAUAUGGAGUACCAUAGCCCUGAUGAUACCAGAAUAAACAGAAAUAGCCUUUUGCACAUUAAUCUGGGUAUUCAUCCUCAUACCAGCUAUCAUGCAGGGGAUGGAACUCAACUUAAUGGUGGUCGUACACUGGUACAUAGUUCAAGUGAUGGACAUAUUGAUCCACAACGCACAGCAGGUAAACAGCUGAUAUGCUUAGUCCAAGAACCACAUUCUGCUCCUGCUGUUGUGGCAGCUUCUCCUAGUUACAAUCCAUUUUUCAUGAAUGACCAGAAUAGAAAUGCAGCUACUCCUCCUCCACAGCCACCUCCACAGCCAUCUUCCAUACAACCAGGAAUGAACACGUCUGCUAUGCAAGGCCCUCCUCCCACGUAUAUGCACAUACCUCGGUACAGUACAAAUCCCAUUACUGUUACAGUAUCACAAAACCUCCCCUCUGGACAGAGUGUACCCAGAGCUCUACAAAUUCUUCCACAGAUUCCAAGCAAUCUCUAUGGGACUCCUGGUUCUAUUUAUAUAAGACAAACGUCUCAGAGUUCUUCAGGACGACAGACUCCUCAGAAUACACAGUGGCAUUCAUCACCACAGGGCCCAGUUCCACAUUAUUCUCCCCGUCCUCUACCUGUGUAUCCCCAUCAACAGAACUACCAACCUUCUCAGUAUUCUCCUAAACAACCCCAGAUCCCUCAGUCAGCUUUUCGAUCACCACCGGCAUCUCAGUGUCCCUCUCCCUUUGGCUCUCCUCAACACCAAGUUCAACCUCCUCAGUUGAGUCAUCAGAGUUCACAUGUUUUCAUGCCUCCUAGUCCUUCAACUGUCCCACCCCAUCCAUAUCAACAAGCAUCCCAGACUUUUCAAAAACAAGGUGGUCACUCUGUAUCAUAUCUUCCUACUUUUGCUGGACCGAGUUUAUCCAAAGGUUCCAUGAAUAAAAUAGAAAUUACAGUUGAACCACCACAAAGACCUGGGACUGCAAUGAACAGAAGUCCUUCACCAAUAAGUAAUCAACCAUCUCAACGAAACCAGCAUCCGCUGUAUACAGCCACUACUCCUCCUUCAAGCUCUCCAUCAAGAGUAGGUCGAGCACCGACUGAGAAUCUUUUAAAUUUAGUGGACCAAGAAGAGCGUUCUGCAGCACCAGAACCUAUUCAGCCUAUUUCUGUAAUCCCAGGAUCUGGAGGAGAAAAAGGAAGCCAUAAGUAUCAGAGAAGUUCUAGUUCUGGAUCAGACGACUAUGCUUACACUCAAGCCUUGCUGUUACAUCAGCGAGCAAGGAUGGAGAGAUUAGCAAAGGAACUGAAGCUUGAGAAAGAAGAGCUAGAACGCCUGAAAGCUGAAGUCAAUGGUAUGGAGCAUGAUCUAAUGCAGAGGCGGCUUCGAAGAGUUAGCUGUACAACUGCAAUUCCAACACCUGAGGAAAUGACCAGAUUGAGAAGCCUCAACAGACAGCUCCAAAUAAAUGUUGACUGCACACUGAAAGAAGUUGAUCUCCUUCAAUCUAGAGGGAACUUUGAUCCAAAAGCUACGUGUAACUUCUAUGAUAACAUAGAGCCUGGUCCUGUUGUGCCACCAAAGCCAUAUAAAAAGGAGCAUCAAAGCAGCUCCAAACAGACUCCACGGACUCACCCAAGAGAUGAAGAUUUUGAAGGGGCUCCAUGGAAUUGUGAUAGCUGCACCUUUCUAAAUCACCCAGCACUAAAUCGCUGUGAGCAGUGUGAAAUGCCGAGAUACACCUGAAAAUCAGGAAGGGGCUGCAUUGUGUUGAAAACAGGCUCUCAAGCCAACAGCUGUAGGAGAAGGAAACACGGGGAACCUUUCACUCCAUCUGCCCGGCCUUUGCUAGUCAACAGUCUUCAUACUGCAAGGGGUGGGAGUAAUGUGGUAGGAUGUUUCUGCUGGUGCUACACUGAAAAUGAACUAAUUAAAGGUGAAAUUCUUUCUUAUCCCAUUGCAGUGAGCAAAGCAGAAAAUGAAACCUGAAAAUGUAAAAGGAUUAAUUUUGGGAAGAAUGUAUACAGGAAAGCAAAUAACUACUGGUGUUUAGUCCUGUGGUUAUAGUUACUGCUUAGUGGCUCAAGAAAAAAAAAAACUUUUUUUUUUUUUUUUAAUAAAAAAUUAUAGGAUGCUUAGUAAUGGUGUGAAAUACUACACUUAACCAGAAACUGAAGAGCCAGAGCUGACUUAACCUGGCCACAGCUAGCUGGAAAACAAAGGCUCCCUGUGCUUCUAGAUUGUAAGCUACUGAAAAAAGGAGACAGGUAAAUGCAAUGAUAAAUUUUACAAUGUAUAAAAAAACAAGGAGAAGGUAUUUGUAAUGCUGCUUUUUUUCAGGGUAACUUAUGUCUACAAGAAAAAUUGCUGUUUGAAAUAGUAACCUAAGGUGACUAAAUGAGAUACCGUAUGAGUGUUAAAGAGUUUAAUCAGAGGUAAUUUUUUACAAUCCCUUUUGCUUGUACAGUGCUCACCUGGCUGUGUCAACACUGGUAAUAAACUAAGAAUGAAUUCUACCAUAUUACAGACAAAACUACUGCUGCAUGCUUUCAUUAGGCCGUUGUAUUUCAAAGCUAAAAGUAUUCUUUUAUAUACAACAAUCUUCUAAGCCUGUGCUAUGUAGCAGCACAGCUACAUAUGCCAAACACAGACUACUCCAAAUUCAGUUUGGAAGACUUGAGCUCAGCCAUGGUUGCGUAUGAGAAGAAUUUUACCCAGCUCUUUAGGCCUUCUCAGCUUCCAAUUCGUGAAGAAUUCUUGAUGUUUACAGCACAGAAGGUACUUUGUGCCCCAGUUCAAAGUUAGCUGAAAAAUAAUUAAUCAGUUAGCUCUUCAGUAAAGGUUUAUUUGCACAUUGUUAAUAAACCAGCCUGUAUAAAAUAGCAAAUGCCAGAUCUUGAAAAAUUACACACCGCAUUCUUUUUAUUUUGUUCAGGAAAUACUUGCCGUAGGUUGAAGAACACAAGACUUGCAACUGAAAAUCACACUGGUACUUUCAUGCAUACGAUAUACUGUAUUAUAAAAGUGAUGUUCAAUUUGUUUGAAUGCUUCAGGUUGCUGUAAUAAAGCACUCAAUACUUGUGAAAUCGAACUUGGGUUUGGGCAGCUGAAUGAUUAUGUUACACACUGUGUGGCUGAGUAGAAUGUUCUUGUGUACUGGUGAGAAGCUGGUACAGUGCAUUUGAGUUUUUUGCAUCUGAUUCUUUGUCAAGAGAUGCAACCAAGCACAUCAGCUGAAUCAUGGUAAUUGACUUUGCAACUGUGAGGCAAAAUGUGCUAGCUAAAAUUUAGCAGAAGACUACUUCAUUUUAAAUAGUUUUUAGCUUAUGGCAACCACAUCCAUAUGGUCAGUUAUCACAAUUCUCUUGAUGUGUGAUAAGAUGUUAAGCUGUGGUAGAACAAUCAUGUGUCUGAAUCCUUUUUUAAAAUAAAGCAGCUGUUACAAGGGGUGGGUGGAAGAAAACUCAUCUUGACUUCACUGCUCAAUCUGGUGUCUUCUCUCCCUGCAAUUUGUAAAGGUAACAGUAAAAACCAAAUUGUGAUCUUAGAUGAGGAACCAGUAUUUUUAUCUAGCAUUUUUUCAAUAUGUUCUUGCCCUAAUUAAAUCUUCAGCAUAGUCUUAAAUAAGCUAAGAGAACUCCAGCAAUCAGUGUGCACCACUGAUGAGCAAAACAAAGUCAAAGGCAUCAGAGCUAGUUUUUCUUCCUUCCUAAUGAUUUAUAUUACUAUGUGGGGAGCUCAUCACAUGUGGAAAGGAAUAAAAAAUUCAGUGUCAGUUGAAGUUAGAAAGCAAAUAUUAAUUUUGGUCAUGUAGGUGGACAGUUUGACAAAACUGAGAUAAAUAGAAAGAUGAGCAGAAACAUUACACCUAGGAUGAGCAGUGCCAUUGCUGUUAUCAGCUGUAUAAUGAAUUACUCAAAACAAUACCAGUAACUUCAUGACUUUUCUAUUGUGAUGCCUUUGCCUUUGUAUUAUUUCAAUUUUCUGUUCAUUUGUACUAAUGCUGAAGUUCUAGAAGCAUUUGUUUUUGCUGGAAAUACAGAAUGAUAACAACUGAAAUGAGAGUUAGCAAAUGAGAAUAGGUGUGUCAUGCAUCAAUACAGUUGUGCCGUUUUCAGACAGAAUAAAUGCUACUUUUGAAGAGGGGCAGGGGAGGAAUAUAUGUAGUCCAAUAAUUCCCUGAACUGUAAUAACCAUUAAUGGAGGCUUGGAGUAUCUUAGUUGUAGUUUCACCAGAGGAAGAGAAGGAAGGCUGCCAUGACAGCAAAAUGCUUUUUGGAAGA